AUGGGCAUUCGAUGUUUGGUGCGAAGCUACUGCUGCCGUGUGGACCGCACAUUGCAGAACAAGUAUCUGCACAGUGUGUCACAUGACUUGUUUCCUUCCGUAACUCAGUACGAGUUAUUCUCGCCUGACUUCGAGUCGUCGCCUCAGAUUGAGGAGUCUGAGCCCGUGAGUGACGAUGUGCUUCCAAAAGUGUUGUCUAAAAAGGAAGCCUAUGCACACGCUGAUGAUGUAGCAACGGCUAAGAAGAGUGGAUGUGCUCCGACCAAGCGCGCUCUUACACUUAUUCGAGGGUUCCUCCAUGGCAGAUCUCAGUUGAAAACAUCGCUUUCCGAUCGAUCAGUGACUUUGUUCAAUUUUCAUUCCACCGAUUUUGCUGAAAAACUGGUGCAAUCAAAUAUCGGAAGCCUUGUCCUAGUCGAGAGCGAACACAGUUAUGCUAGACAAGCUAAGGUAUGA